UUAUCUUUUAUUUACUCUUUAGGUCUAUUACUUGGAACAAAUAUUGAGCAUGAGUCACUAUGGUGCUUGGUACUUCAAAUAUUGAUGCUUAUUAUUUAUUUGUAAUGAAUCUGGAAAAAAUAUUGUCUGUUGUACAUUGUGCAUUGACAGUGGAGUAGAUGUGGACAAUUAUUUUUCUUUGUAUUGCUCUCUUGGUGGCAGUGAGGCAAGGACCAGGGUGCUGAGAUAAUCAGCUAGUGGCCUGGCUGAAUAGGGCUUAGUCAUUAGGAGUGUGUCUUUAAUAAGGACAUAAAGAGCUUGGGAGAGAAGACAACAGACGAACCAAACAUUACCUGCAUACGCCUGUUGCUUUUGAAUGUUUUUUUUUAAUGGAAAGGUCUUUACAGUGACUGUUUUCUGCUAACUCAUAGAAGAUGGACUACAGAGGAUGAAGAUACUGUGUUAAAGCAGUGAACUUCAGCUUUGCUGCUGAUCACCUGAUCAGGUUUGCAUUAGCAGAUCCUUGUUCACCUUCAACACUAUUAGGAAAACACCUUGCUGACGGUUGGCUCGAACGCCCUUGCCACUGCAGGUAUCACUGCCAUUCCCUCUUUUCCUCCACAGCUUUAUAAUUAUGCAUUACAAAAUAUAGCUAUUUUAAAAAGUUGAGACCAGAUUUGGACUUUGUUUGAACCUCUUGUGAAACUAACAAGCGAAGAUGAGCGUCAAAAGUGAAGAUGUGGAGAAGUUUCUAGAUGGAAACCCUGAGUUUACGAAGAGAUACUUUGCAAAAAAGCUCAAACCUGGAACUGUGGCAUCCAUUAUGGGAGUCUCAGAAUCCAAAGUGGAUUUGGACUCCUUUGAGCUGGCAUGUCAGGUGGAAGAAGGUGCAUUAUUUUUUGAUUUGAUCAGAGACAUGCAGGAGAAUGUUAACAUGGAGAAGGUGAUCUUCAAAAUCUUGAAGCGACUCAGUGCUCUGAUCCACGCUGACCAAUGCAGCCUUUUCAUGUACAGACAGAGGAAUGGCAUAGCUGAAUUGGCCACUCGGUUGUUUAAUGUGAAUGCCUCAUCAAAGAUGGAAGACUGUGUGGUUCCACCCGACUCUGAGAUUGUCUUUCCUCUUGAUAUUGGCAUAGUUGGACAUGUUGCACAGUCCAAGAAAACCAUCAAUGUCAAAGAUGUUACAGAGAAUAGUCACUUCAGUACGUUUGUUGAUGAACUGACGGACUACACCACACGCAACAUCUUGGCUACUCCCAUCAUGAAUGGUAAAGAUGUCGUGGCCGUGAUCAUGGCAGUCAAUAAAACUAACGGACCCUAUUUCACAGAUGAGGAUGAAGAUCUUUUUUUAAACUAUUUAAAAGUUGGCACUCUGAACUUGAAGAUUUACCACCUGAGCUAUCUGCACAACUGCGAGACACGUAAAGGUCAGCUGCUUUUGUGGUCUGCUAAUAAAGUGUUUGAGGAACUCACAGAUAUCGAGCGACAGUUCCACAAAGCUUUGUACACUGUGCGGGCAUACCUCAACUGUGAUCGCUACUCUGUUGGUCUGCUGGAUAUGACCAAGGAGAAGGAGUUCUUUGAUGUCUGGCCUGUGUUGAUGGGGGAACAACCACCAUACAGUGGUCCCGUUACUCCAGAUGGGAGGGAAAUCAUCUUCUACAAAGUCAUUGACUACAUUUUACAUGGAAAAGAGGACAUCAAAGUCAUACCAAAUCCCCCUGCAGACCACUGGGCACUGGCUAGCGGUCUACCAACCUACGUAGCAGAAAGUGGCUUUAUCUGCAAUAUUAUGAACGCCCCAGCAGAAGACAUGUUUAAAUUUCAGAACGUGGCCCUUGAUGACAGCGGCUGGACUAUUAAAAACGUGCUGUCUUUGCCAAUAGUCAACAAAAAGGAAGAAAUUGUGGGUGUGGCAACUUUUUACAACAGGAAAGAUGGCAAGCCAUUUGAUGAACAGGAUGAACAACUAAUGGAGGCUUUGACACAAUUUUUGGGCUGGUCGGCACUCAACACAGAUACCUACGACAAGAUGAAUAAAUUGGAAAACAGGAAGGACAUCGCCCAGGACAUGGUGUUGUACCAUGUCAAGUGUCGAGAUGAUGAGAUUCAGAAUAUCCUUAAAACCAGGGAGCAGUUUGGGAAAGAACCAAGGGAAUGUGAGGAGGAUGAACUUUGGCAGAUUCUGAAAAAAGAACUUCCAGGAAAAAAUAAAUUUGAGAUAUAUGAGUUCCGGUUUUCCGAUUUUGACUGCACAGAACUGGACUUGGUGAAGUGUGGUAUUCAAAUGUACUAUGAAGUUGGUGUUGUGAAGAAGUUUCAGGUCCCUCAGGAGGUUCUAGUGCGGUUUAUGUACUCUGUGAGCAAGGGCUACAGAAAGAUUACAUAUCACAACUGGCGCCAUGGCUUCAACGUUGGACAAACCAUGUUUACAUUACUAACGACAGGUCAGCUGAAACGAUACUACACUGAUCUUGAGGUCAUGGCCAUGAUCACUGCUGGAUUCCUGCAUGAUAUUGACCACAGAGGCACCAAUAAUCUCUACCAAGUGAAAUCCCAAAAUCCAUUAGCAAAGCUUCAUGGUUCAUCGAUUCUGGAGAGGCAUCAUUUAGAAUUUGGCAAGUUUUUACUUGGGGAUGAGUCUUUAAACAUUUUCCAAAACUUGAACAGAAGACAGAUUGAGCAUGUUUUGCACUUAAUUGACAUUGCCAUUAUUGCUACUGACCUUGCCUUGUAUUUCAAGAAGAGGACAAUGUUCCAGAAAAUUGUGGAUCUUUCUGAGACGUAUGAGGAACAGAAGAAAUGGGUCGAGUUCCUGUCUCUGGAAACGACGAGAAAGGAAAUAGUAAUGGCCAUGAUGAUGACUGCUUGUGAUCUGUCAGCUAUCACCAAACCAUGGGAGGUUCAGAGCAAGGUGGCACUUUCUGUAGCAGCUGAAUUCUGGGAGCAGGGUGACUUAGAGAGAACUGUACUUGAGCAACAACCCAUUCCCAUGAUGGACAGGAACAAAGCUGCGGAACUGCCCAAGCUUCAGUGUGGCUUCAUAGAUUUUGUCUGUACUUUUGUCUACAAGGAGUUCUCACGGUUCCACAAGGAGAUCCAACCCAUGUAUGAUGGCAUCCUUAACAACCGGAAAGAGUGGAAGGCUUUACAGGAAGCAUAUGAGGCAAAGCUGAAGGAGGCUGAAGAAGCAGCCAAGGCAAAAGCAGAAGCAGAAGCGGCCAAAAAAGCGGCUGCCGUCAAUAACCCAUCGCCAUCGGCGUCCAAGACCUGCUCAAUCUGCUAGAAUUGAACAGACGUUAGAGAAGGUGAGGAUUUAACACAGCCACUGACAUGGAUGGCACAUGGUGAGAGUGGCCUCACUCCAGAACAGAUGGAUGCUGGGAAACACUGAGCAGGACAUUGUAAUACAUGCUUCCAGUAUGCCACAAGACCAACUGGGGCCUGAUGACAAACUUCUGUAGAUACAAACCAUGAUGAACAAAUUCGCCAUCAUUGGGUUGUAGGUUUCUUGUUUUUUUUUUAUGUCACAUGAUCACCAAGUCUUGUAUGUUCUUGAGGCAAAUCCAAAAGUAAAGUGUGUGAAGAUUAGGGAGCACAUAUGAUUGCUGUGAAGAAAAUUCUUGUUGCAUUUUUAAAGUGUAUACUGUGUACCAAUUCCUAUUAGUAUUGGUGGAACAAGUCUGUUAUAUGAGCUGAGGUCCAGUCUUACUAGUCGUAUGCUUUAAAGGCUCUUGUGUCAUUAGACAGCAUCUUACCUGAAAAGCAGCCGUGGCAGGCAUCAACUUUGGGUCAUAUUAUACAUCAUUACUGAAACAAUUACUUAAGCAUCACAUGGUGAAAGUGUGAAUGGACUAGAACACCUUGGUUUUGGAUAGAUCAAACAAGUGUCUGGAGUUGUAUUGAAACCGUUCUUCUUAAUGAUACAGAAAAAAAUGCACAUUGUAAAAGAAAUCUUUUGCCACUGAAAGAUGUUUUAUUACACUUAUCAAGAAAGCCAUGUCUCAAAAGAACAUUUGAAUUGAUUUGCAAUGGCAUUUCCCUUUAAGUGGACCCAAAAAAAUGGCUACAAAAAUCACUAGGCUACUUCUUGCACAAUAAUGGUCUCGAGACCCAGAGAGGUCUCCAAAAUAUAAAUAAUUAAACCAUUUGUACAAAUUUGCUACAUGCUUGUUGACCAGUAUAUCAGUACUAGAAUCCUUACACUAGUGCCACACUAUAGUAUUGUUCAAAUGUACUUUAAUGGACUAUAUAUGAAAUUCCAUCAUGACGUUGCAUCAAGUGCGACCACGCAAUUUGUUUUGAGACGUGUGAGUUUACACUUGUGACACACGCACUUAGAAGGAAUACCAGUGCCAGUGGCCUUCAUACCUCUACAUCUCAUUUCCAGUGAAUGUCUUCUCAGCUAACUUUGAAUGACACUUAACCUACAGAUGUCACCAGCUGAGUGUGAUAUCAUCAAGAGGAAACAGGAGCACACUGUCUCUAAUUCUGUGCAAUGUUUUAUGAGGAAUUGUUUUUCCUAUGAACAGCUGCAAAAAUUACCACACACCAAUUGUAAAUCUUUAUUAUGUAAAUAAACAAAUUAUAAUAAAAAAAUUGAAAUAGUUUAGCAAGAAAGCAUGGCAUUAUAGUAUAUGUGUAUAUUAUGGUAUAUAUAGCAUAUUAUGAUAGUCAAGGUAAGAUAGCUGAUUUUAUUUAAACAGAAAAAUCCACUGUUCAGAAAAGGCCCAGACUUGAGUGUGAUUAAUUGUGUGAUCCAUGCAGCAGAGGUGCUGGAACGCUUGUUGUAAUUUGGAAUAUUGGUUGGUUGUGUUGCUUUUAUAUGAGCAGUCUCAUAUGCAGUGUUUAGUCUGUUUGAAUAGAAACCCUGGUGUGUUCUACUCUUUGGUGAACCUGGACAAAGCGCUUACUUUGGUUAUGUGUUCUUUGUGUGCAGGUGAUUUAUUUCCUUUCUACACACAUUUGGUUUAAAUUUUGUUGAUGGUGUUUUUCCAGCACCGUAUUUCAGAUCAGUGAAAGAAAUUAGUAUCUAGUAAUCUUCAGACUAAAACCAAACCAAUCUAAACCAAAUUGCCAAUUAAAUAAAUAGAAAUUGCUGUUUUUCAGACUCAUCAGCGACUUGCCGUGACAAACUGACUGUUUUGACAUGACAUGGUAACUGUUGGUGGGUAGAUUUCCAGUGACAUAUUUGUACAAAUAUUAAGCGACUUGGUGCAGUUGUGCGCACAGGAUCAGUCUUCUGAUUCGUGGUCGAAAGUGGAAGGCUAGGUGUGCAAUUUUAUAGUACAGCGAUUAUGAAAAUCGAUGUAUAAAUGAAUAUAGCAUAAUAUGUUUGAAAGCACACACAAAAUCCCCCUGUAAAGCUACUUCUGUGUGGAACAAAAAUAAAAUAUGAAUUUGUAUG